CGGUAUUCCAAAUAGUUCACUUAGUUGGCAGGAACUAUUUAAAUACGUACAAAUUGCGACUUGGACGGUUUUGCAUUUGUUCAAAGCGUUUCGAAAAUGGCACUUCAAGCGUCCGCAAAUGCGCUAUUUUGCCGCCUGUGUUUGGAAGAACUGGAUAUGGUUUACAUGUUUUCCAGCGAUCCUGUCACCAGAAUGGUAAUCUUGGAUAACUUUCCUAAGAUGAAUUUGGGCGCAACCAACUUCAUCCGGCUUUGCAAGGACUGCUACACCAACUUGGACUUUGUGAUGACGGUGAAAAGUGGGUUUCCACUGCAGCGCAAAGACUUCCUGCAGCAAAAGUUCUCCAGAGCCGCCGGCGUCAAGUUCUGCGCCUUUUGUUUGGCGUUUCAAGCUAACACUUCCGAAGAGUCCAUAUUUUCGAGCUCUCGCUAUGGACCCACCCGAGUGCAGAAAAUUGUUGAAUAUGUCAUACCCGCAUUUAAAUACAUCAAAGCCCAAACUAAUAUUUGCCAUUUCUGCUGGUCGUGGAUCUUGAAGAUAUACAGCUUCAAGCAACAAUGCAACCAAAUUGAUAAUUUCUUGCUGCAAGCCUGCCAUGAGAGUCAUCUGAAUGUCUUAACCGACACCAAUAUAUACACGUUGGUGAUGCUGAAUGUGCAGGUUCGGACCGUGAGGGAGCAGAUUCAGAGGGAGAAGCAGCAGACCAUCGAUUUGGGCCAGCACAAGUUUCAGAGCUACAUCAGUCGUGCCAAUGCGAAUUUCUCCAAACUGGUGUUGGCUUUGGAAAGUAACACCGAGCAUGUGCGGAUGAAUUUCGAUAUGAUACGGCACAUGGAGUAUAAUUUUGCCACUGGGGAAGAUUAUCCAAACUUCACAGUGAGCAACAAUCCCGGCACGGAUGUUCCUCCAGUGGCUCCGUGCAAUUUUGUGCAGACUUAUGAAAAUUCGCUUACAGAUAAUAAAGGCUUGUGCGCCUGCAAUAUCAACCUCACUAAAGAGUCUAUUCCCACUAUCGACUUGAAUGAUUCGGAUGAAGAAACGGUGAUAUAUCGGCCCAAUGAAGACCUGAUAUUCGCCAAUGACGAUACGCUGUCUUCCGAUGAGGUGAAAAGCAUGGACCUGGACAUAGUCGAAACUGAUCUCAAACUGCAGCUUUGUGAAGCAGAAAACGACACAACCUUCGGCAAUGAUGAGGGCUUUGAAGCGAUUAGAAGCGACUUUGAUUUGGACGCUGAACUUCAGGGGGGAACAAGCGAACUCGAGAUUGAAGCGUCCGGAUCUGCUCCUGCAGCCAAAGAAGACAAAUCCUGCAAUAUUGAAGAAGAAAUUGCCACAUUUCACAUACACGCCGAAUUGCUGACCGAGUUCAUUGAUGGCUAUGCACAGCAGGCCUGUGCACCAUUGGAAACGUCGAACCCAACUUUUGGCAAUUGUGCAUUUGUGGAAACUCUUCGGCAAGCAGACGUUCCUUUUUCGUACAACCCGGUAGAUGCAAAUGAAGAUGAUUGUUACCAAGUGGAAGCUGAUCUAAACCAGCCCAUUGAUUUGACUCUGCGCUCAUGCCAGGCCAAGUUGGCGUCAAGGAACAGUCACUUUUUGCGGGAAUGUUGGGGCUGCUAUGUAUGCGCAGCAAAGUUUCGAUCAAAGGGAGGCAUCAUCAGACAUACCCUCCUUCAUGAGCGUCCAUGCAACAAAUUCGGGAAGUUUUUCUGUCGGUUUUGCCCCUAUAGAGCGAACUGGAAAGGUUCUGUGACCAGACAUCAAAGCGUUCACGCCUUUGAAAACCUGCCGGACCACAGAACGAUCAAAUAUUUGUGCAUUUUUUGCAAUGUAAUUUGCAGCGCCAAAGAAGAUGUACAAACCCAUAUGAUAAAACACAUCAUUACAUCGAACCACUUUCAAUGUCUUCAUUGCAUGUUUGUCGGCAAUUGUAGCAAAUCUUUGCGAAUUCAUUACAGGAAUUUCCACAUCGUUAGAGCCUAGCCGUAUUCGAAGACCGCACAACGGACUGAUCCUUUUCUUUAUUGUAUAGAGAAAAUAUGUUAUGUUUUAUGUUAAAUUUCAAAAAAAAUUAAUUCUUAGGUUAUUAGAAAUUAAAAGGGUCAAACUUCAAA